AUGACAAUACUGCAUGAUAUUAAGGAUAGCAUUGAUGAAUUGAAGCAGAAGCUUGUGCAUGCCACCAUUGAAUUAGAGUCCCUGCCUAUUCAUCCUCAAGAACAAUCCGAAAACCUUCUUGUAGUUUCUGUGAUAGGAAACUCGAGCAUAACUGAAUCUAACUGUUUAUCUGAAACAUAUAAUCACCAAUCACAUGGCUCCUCUCCUGUGGAUCCCUUCUUUGAUACAAUUACUUCACCAGAAUUCUCUAACAAUAACUUGGCAGACUCAAGUCAUAUGGGGCUUGUGAGCAACACCUUUGUUCAAGAGUAUAAAGGCUCUAUAUCAGCAGGUUUAGUGCCUCCAGCAGUGGCCAAGAUCCAUCCGGCUGAUGCUGUAAUUGAAAAUUUCGUAAAAGGAAAAGUCGUGGGAAAGCUGCUGCAGGCUCUAAUGGAAGCACGCCCUCUCCUUCAAACGCUACUUCUUGCAGGUCCGCUUCCACAGUGGAGAAAUUCGCCUCCAUUGCAACCGUUCAAUAUUGUACCUGUUCCCGUGAGUAACCAGAAUACAUUUGCAAAUGCAAGCUCUCUUGCUCAAAAACCAUUGGCUUCACCAUCUUACAUUGAGUUGCGUCGCGGAUAUUCUCAAAAGUGUUCUUCCAUGUUAAAUCUUGCUAGUUGUGCUUCUAGUUCAGGUCUAGACAAGGGAUAUCUGUUAAAUUCUGGUGCAAUCCAUCAAAUUCCAGCUGGAAAACGGCAGAGAAUUCAGUGA